AUGGCGACAUCGAGAACAACUAAACCGAUCACACAGAUUGUCGGCGACGCCCGGAAGGAGCUAGAAUCGGACUACGCCGCUGCCCCUCCCAAGUAUGAAAGCGUCGCCCUCGUCAUCGGCGCUAGUACCGACAUCGUCGGCUCCUCCCUCCUCGACAUUUUCCCCCUCCCCGACACUCCCGGCGGCCCUUGGAAGGUCUACGGCAUCUCCCGCCGCCCUCCUAAUCCAUCCUCCUUCUCCUACGCCGACGAUGCCGACUCUCUCCCUGUCCGUUGCAUUCAGUGCGAUGUCCUCGACCCUGUCGACGCCACCGCCAAGCUCUCUCCCCUCACCGACGUCACUCACGUCUUCUACGUCGCUGCCCGCGAUCCGCCCUUCCGUGAGGAUCUCCCCCGGCUCGACGUCCCUAAUUUCUAUUACGACCAGGAAGACGUCCUGGUCAAUACACCGCCCAACUGCCAUCUUCGGCUUCUCGCCCAACUGCCUGAUGAAUUUGGUCGGCACGCUCUGCGUCUACGCGGCCAUCUGCCGGAAAGAAGGAACCCCUCGGCGAUGAUUCGGCAGCCGGACGAAGUGGGAAGGUUCAAUUGCUUGCUGCUAGAGCGCGAUUAA